GUGCGGUAUGGUAAAGCAAGAGUGGGAUCAGUGUGACACAUUAGCCAUUAGCUAAGAUGCACCAAAAUGGUACGCUUUAACUGGCCUGAUUUGGCCCCAACACUAUCGCAACCUAGUUACACCUACACCUGUUACCUGCGUAAAAUAUCUGAAACUUAACAUUUCUUCGCGCAUUUAUUUAACAUGAAUUUGGAACUGUUGGAAUCCUUUGGACAAAAUUAUCCAGAGGAAUUUGAUGGCACUUUGGAUUGUAUAUCUCUUGCUGUAACCUGUGCUUUCAAUAAGAGAGGAACGCUAUUAGCUGUAGGCUGCAAUGAUGGGAGAAUUGUUAUUUGGGACUUCCUGACAAGAGGUAUAGCAAAAAUAAUCAGUGCUCAUGUUCAUCCUGUGUGUUCGAUAAGUUGGUCUAGAAAUGGGCAUAAGUUACUCAGUGCAUCGACUGACAACAAUGUUUGUAUCUGGGAUGUACUGUCUGGAGAAUGCGAUCAGAAAUAUCGGUUUCCAUCUCCUAUACUCAAAGUACAAUUCCAUCCUAGGAACUUAAAUAAGUUCUUGGUAUGUCCAAUGAGGCAUGCGGCUGUUAUGGUGGAUGUAGAAGGAACGCACAGAGUCAUACCUUUAGACGAAGAUAGUGAUCUGAACAUUGUAGCUUCCUUUGAUAGACGUGGUGAUUAUGUAUUCACUGGAAACGCACGUGGCAGAAUCUUAGUUCUUGAUGCAGAGACUUUGACAGUUAAAGCAUCUUACAAAAUAUCUCAGGGUACAGCGAGCAACACAGCGGUUAAGAGCAUCGAGUUCGCACGGCGAGGAUCCUGUUUCUUGGUGAAUACUUCCGACAGAGUAAUUCGCGUAUACGACAGUACGGAAAUCCUAGCAUGCGGUAAAGACGGUGAACCGGAACCUAUACAGAAACUUCAGGACCUUGUAAACAAGACCAUGUGGAAAAAAUGCUGUUUCUCAGGGGAUGGCGAGUAUGUUUGUGCUGGUUCAGCCAGACAACACGCCUUAUAUGUGUGGGAGAAAAGUAUAGGAAACUUAGUAAAGAUAUUACACGGUACCAAAGGGGAGUUACUAUUGGAUGUGGUGUGGCAUCCAGUGCGACCUAUUAUAGCUUCCAUCUCAUCAGGAGUCGUGUCUAUCUGGGCACAAAAUCAGGUAGAAAACUGGUCAGCCUUUGCACCCGACUUCAAGGAACUUGACGAAAACGUGGAGUAUGAGGAACGAGAGAGUGAAUUUGACAUAAGUGACGAAGACAAGUCUGUUGUGCAAGGUGAGGAAGCUCAGGAUGAAGAAAUAGAAGUAGAUGUGGCCUCUAUCGAUAGGGUGGCCGCUUUCUGUAGUUCUGACGAGGAAACCGAGGAUAUUGGUUCAUUGCAAUUUCUUCCAAUAUCUCCUGAUGUAGAAGAAACUGAAGAUAAUCAGACGGCACUGCAUGAACCACCGUUGAAAAAGCACAGAUCACAUGAUAUCAACCUCCAGGGUGCACCUAUAGAUGAAACACAUCCAUUACUGAGCAAGGGCAAGGAUAAACCCGCAGCAAAGAAAGGAAGGCCGAGAUUGGAACACCGGAAAGGAAAAUAAUACAAUUCUAUACAUUUGUACAAUUUAUCAAAAUAAAUCGUAAAAUUGAAUUAUGAGAA